CUAAAACAUGCAGUUCCUAUUCAAAAAAUGUUAUGAUCAAAGUGAAGUUAUUGAUUUCCUUUUAUUUUCUGUUGUGUCUUGCUAAAGGCUGAGUAUAAAUAAUGCAGAGAGCUUUCCUGACAGUUUGGGAUUCACUUAACAGGGAAAUCUAAUACCAUUGUACCUGUGAACACAAGAGGCCCAUUCUGCCCAUAAUUAACAAAAACAAUGUCAGGUUUGUGGUUAGAGACAGUUUACUGUGACCAGGGCAGUGGGGACAGGGAUAGUAACUCUAGCAAUAUUUCACUGGAUAUCCACCAGAAGAUCCAUCAAAGGCUGGAUAUGGAUGUGAAAAAAACAAUGUUGCUUGAGCUGGACUCUGAAUUGGUUAUAACAGAGAGGCUGUUUGAAGUCUGCGACAAGCAGGGGAGUGGUAGAGUGAAAGUGUCUGACAUCAUGGACUAUCUCAGCACUAUUGUAAAUCAACCUUUCAGUGAAAAUGGUGAUUUCAAAACCUUGAUUCAGAUAUUAGAUCCAGACAAUGUAAAUACAGAAGUAGACCUUGCUAUGUUUAAGGCAGGUCUUCAUCAAUGGAUUGAAGAAAUGAAAGCUUAUCAGUCCAUGACCACUGACACAAAUUUAACAGCUGAUGAAUCACUUUUACAUAAUGGUUCAGUGAGGUUGAACAUGUUUAUGGAUAGUCAAGUAGAAGACUGUUGCAUUAUAGAAGAAAGCUCAACUCUAUCAGAUGUUUUAAGUAAACUAGCAGAUGCACAACACCAAUGCCAAAGAAUCACUGAUGAGAACAGGGAAACGAGGGCUUUGCUGGAAGUGAAAGAAGAGGAGCUUAUCAGCACUUGUAGAGAGUUGUCUGAAACUAGAAUGGAAAUGAAAAGACUCCAAGAGAUGUCUGACAUUCUACAUGAGGCUCAAGCAGAAAACUCAGAAUUGAGACAACAUAUUUUGGCUGCUGAUAGAGAGUUGUAUGACAACAAGCAGGCUAUGCAGCAAGCUAAAAUGGAGAUAAUAAAUUUGGAACAACAAAUAGAAUCUUUUGAAGCUCAGCUGGCCAGUGUCAAUUCUGAACUGUCUAUGUCCAUCCAAAAUGAGGAAAGUCUGCGAGACAGCUUGAAAGAAUUUAAAGAGAAAUGGAUUCAUCUUACAGAAAUGUGCUCCUCACUUGAAACUCAACUAGCACAGAAAAAUGAAAGAAUCCAAAUACUUGAGGAAAGCCUAGAGGAUGUUUCCAAGUACUGUGAGGACAUGAAAUUUCAAAAACAAGAAUUGUUAGAAAAAUUAACUGAAAGUGAACUGGAAUUAUCAAGAUUCAAAUCAUUUCACCAAACCACUGGCAGUGUGCCUGUGUUACUUCCUAAUUCAGAAGAUUUGAUAGAACUAACAGAGUCUGAGCCUAGAGAUUUAGAUGUUCAAUAUGCAAGAGCCUCAUCUAUUUGUAAUGAGCUGAAAGAUUUGUUAAGCAGUACGCCUGAUCUUCCUUGGCCUUUGAGUGAUAAAGAUAUCAAUGACAGUGUUCUCACUGCCCCUGACUUGAUCAGCCAUUCAACAAAUUGUGAUCUAAUAGCUGCUGACAAAGAGUUGAACAGAAGUAAAGAAUGUUGUGAAGUUAACACCAAAGACAGAGAGGUUCACUAUGAUAUCUCCAAUGAGAAACUUAGGUUUCUAUACACACUUCUAACCAAUUUCAAAGAUGAAAACCGGAGGCUUCGAUGCUUUGCAAAACACUUGAUCUACAUUGAGCACAAGAGAUGUGACAUUAGUCCCUCUGACAUAGUUUUGACUGCAGUGGACAAGAUUGACUGUGAUGCAACAGAAAACAGCUUGAAGUACUUCCGAGAGUACAAUACAAUGUUGAUUACACAAAUAACUAAACUGAAAAGAUCUAACAUUGAACUGGCUGAGAAACUCCACAAAUCUGAAUUGAAACUGACUGAACUGCAUCAGGAAGCACAAAAUACCAAUGCAUAUUUGGAGAGAGAAAGGCAAAAGUGUGCUGACUUAGAAGAAAAUCUGUGCAGCAGCACUCUAGCAAGACAACUUGACCUGAGAGACAUUUGGAGACUGGUGCAGAAAGAUGUGGAAACUGAGUGCCAAGAACAGCAGGAAGAUGCUUUCAGUGCCAUUGACUCUGAACAAAUUAAAGAGAAGAUUAAAAGAGACAUAGAAGUGUUGAGAUCUAAGCUUCACCACAGGGAAGCUACUUUAGGAACUUUGCAAAAACAAAGUUCCACCAGCUCUGGGCUGUUUAACUGCAGUCAUUUGCAGCACUCUAUGAACUGGUAUGCAAGUGGCCAGAGACUAUCUCCAGGAUCAACAUUAGUAGAUGCACUGACCAUUGAUGUUUUAAAUGGAAAUCUGCCUACCUAUCCUGUAAAGAUGCCAUCACCUAUCUCCUGUGAAGAUGUUGACUGUUACGAAUGUAGAGCUGCUAGAUUGGUUGCCCAAAAUAGGUACACAUCCUCUUGUCCAUCUAUAUCACCUUUGGAUGGUCAACUCAUUCAUAAUUACAACUACAGUCAAAAUAAUUUGGGUUACAAAGGUGAUACAGGCAUAGACGCUAAUUUCUUGGCUCAGAAUGCAGCACCUAUAACUGCCAUGGCUACCUCCCAGCAACCCAGCACACAUAAGCGACAGAGGAGCUUAUAUGGUAGCAAUAGAAGACAAGACUUCAUUAAGAGAUCUGGUAAACGUACAGCAGUGAGGUCUUUGCAAUCCAUGAGCUCAGACCAUCAAAUGGAUAGUUUUGAGAUUUUGCACAGCGGAUAUAAGACAGGGCAGUUAACUCAGGAGGAUUUUUCAUCCAUCAGUUCUAAUCAUGACAAUACUAAAGCCAAUAGCAAUGAAACAAAUCAUCUAGUCCGAAGGCCCAGCUUCAGAAAAGCGGUGGAAGGAUUUAACGCUGAGUAUUCAACUAGGUCAGAUGAAUCAAACUUGAUGGAAACUAGCCUGACUGAAACUAGCUUGAUGGACUCCAUCUCUGAUGAGCUGCGGCGGCCUAGCUUUUGUGCAGCUAUUGAACAAGGGAAAGAAGAAAACAUUCCAACUGUGUACAGAAAGAAGAAAAUAGUCCCCAUCAAUGCACCAGAGACUUUGAGAGUUAGAACUAAGCAAAUGAGAAAUGAUAGUGAGCCAUCCAAAACAGUAACAUUUCAGUUGGAGGAGAAAACUGCAGACACUUUUUGUGAAGAUCAAUGUUCUAGUGUGUCCAGCUCAUACUACUGUAGGCUGCCAUCUUCAGUAACAAGCCUCCAGCCUCCAUUUUUCUCCUCUUAUAUGUCUAGUCCUCAGGAAACAGACCAUUCUCUCUUCUUAAGUGACACACCCCAAAAUUACAAACUACAGCUGUUUUUAGAGGAUGUUCAAGCUUACACUGUACCAAAGUCCAUGGAAGAUUGGGACAUGGCUCCACAGAGUACAGGUGGUGUGUAUUUCAGGUAUGAUCAAGACCAAGAACACAUAGAAAAUCUGUCAGAUCCUGACCAGGAACUUCCAGAUGUGAGCACCUACAUGAAUGAGUCUGAUGAUAUGCAAGAAUCCGUCAACUUGUCUAGUCAGAAGAAAGAGCCUGUUCAUGUUCACGGAACCAAAGAUAACUCGGCAAUCCUCGAUUUGGAUGUCAAGAACAUUCAGAUUAAGUCUUCCAUCGCCCCCCACCAGGGCGCUGGUAGGCCGGCACUCUCUGCCAAGCAUGACCCAGCACCUGCCUCUGCGUCCAAUAUCUCACAGCCUCCCACACCUUCAGCCUCACUGGAAGCACUCCCUCCUCUACCUGUACCUCAUAAUAGUUCAGGGGGCACAGAGGCCGGGCGGGGAAGCUUAAGUACCAAUGGUGGAGGUACUCACAAGUUAUCUUCGGCCAUCCCCUCCUCUGGCAUUCAAGCCACGUCUGAGACCCACAAGAUUGUACUUCCUCCAAGCCCCCCUUCUCCAAGGAGCGGUGCUCCCUUCAGCUUGCAACCUCAGCCUCUUGCUCCCACCAGGCUAUCAGAGCUGCGCCAGUUACAUCUGGCCAACAAGAGGAAAGAUCAGAUCAAAUCCAGGAACAUGAAGCUUCCUGAACUGUCGGAGAACUCUGAGCUAGACAUCACGUCUGCCGGCAUUAGUCCCAUAAAUCCUUGCACACUUUCGCCCAGUCAUUCGUCUCCCUCCAAGGACAAGGGCAUGCCUCAAAUUUCGGUGACAGACUAUUUGGAGCCGCCUCCUCCAACAGAUGAUCCCGUGACGCCUAGCCUUCCUUCGUCUUUUUUGAAGAAACUCGGAUUAAGUGUCAAGGAAAUGUCACCAUCCAGUCAAAUAGAAGAGAAUGGAGAAUCAGAAGUCAGUGUGGAUCAACUCCCACAGAAAGAAUUAGAGAGUAAAUUUAUCAGCCUGUCAUUAGCUUUCAAAACUGACAAGUUUACACUGCAGCAAAGAGUUAAGGUUCAGGAGAGAUCUAGAGACUUGGCAGAACAGAAUGUAGACUCAGAAAUCAAAUCUCUUAGAGAACUUCUGGAGUCGCUCUAUGAACAAGUAUCAGAGCCUCAAGCUAGAACAAUUGUACAAAAGUUAAGACAAAACAUUGAUGUCUUGGAGCAAACAGCAGCCCGAGUGUCUAGCAGAGCUGAGGUGUAUGGGGCUGUUCAACAAGAACAACGAAUGUGCCAGGCACUGGAAGUGAUGGUACUGUACACUGAAAACUUAAAGAGAAUUCGAGAGAGAGAAGAAUCUGAACUGUUAGAGGCUAGAAAAGUACUUAGUGAGAGGACAGUGAAUGGCUACAGCGUAGACACAGACUCUACAUCUGGCAGACGUUCCAUGUCCGUGUCUGGGAUUAGUCCUGGAGGAAGACCAAUGCCUACUAUUUCUUCAUCCCUUCAUUGUGUGACUGAAUCUGGUGAUUACACUAAGCACUCGUGUAUGAGACGUAGAAGUGAGAUAGCUUUACCUAAAGUACUUGGUGGAUCUGGAAGUCCCUCAAUGAUACAGACAGCUUCUUUGGAGACAGCGUCUCCAUUUCUGGAUCGCUCUUAUCCUAGCUUCAAUCUCCUUGGUGUGUUUGCUGAGACUGGGGAGGAUCCCAAGUCCAGGUUUCAAUCAGCUGUGGCUAGUAUGUCCAUGCAGCAUGCUGUCACUAGCACAGUCAGGCAAGCAUCAUUGGAAAAGCAGCGUUCCAUGUCCUUCACACCAUCUCUGUCUCCUUCAUCAUCUCUAGGCUCACCCUUCAGCCCCUCAACACCGUCUCAUCAAAGUAUAUCUAGUGUCACUGAGUCUGGUAGAAAAAUUUCUCAAGAUGAGGAUGCAUUUAGAAAAGGUUAUGAAGAAGGCUUGAAAGCUAAACUCUCCAGAGAAUUGAAUGAACUCAGAGAACAACAGAACUGUAUCAGUCACAAUUUGGAGCACAUGAUGGACAGGGUAGAUCAGACUGAACAAGAAGAAGAAGAGUUCCUAUCUCGGCCCACAAGGCUAGAUACUUUACUAGGCUACAGCACCAGGUUCACACAGAAACUUCUUCAACAUGACUGGAGAUCUAACAAGAAACUCAUCAGAAACUUAGCUGGGUUUUUUCUAGUUUUCUUAGCCAUCUUUAUUGUCUUUCUGUCCCCUCCCAUUUCCACAGUUGACAUCAGACAGAUCACCAGGCCACCAACCUAAUGAUAGAAUAGAGAUUUAGCAUCCUGACAGUUAAACUUAGGACUAAAACACUUGUAAAAAUGAUUUGCAAGUAAUAGUAUUCCUGCUGUAAAACUAGUGAGGAUCUCUUAGUUGAAUUCUAUUGGAUCCAUUAGUCAACUAUUUUAAGAGUUGUGUAAGCCCAAAGCUAUUUUAGGGUGAUAGGCCUACAGAGUUCCCUUGAACUAGUUCUAAUCAUGUUUGCUUUGUAUCAUGUACAAAGAUGUACAUCUGAGAAACAGCUACAAUUUCCUAGUUAACUCAUGCGGUUUUGUUCCCUGGUUAUGAGUCCAAAUACCUCUCUUAUCAGAACUGUUCUGAACUCCCCCCCCCCCCCCUCACAGAGACCAAACUAGAAGCAUUAUUUUUUAGUUUCUUUAAAUUUUAGUUUCUUUGACUUUUUGAAAAGUAAGCCUAUGCAUGAGCGCAAAUGUUUUUAUGGGCAGAUGAAGUAACAUUAUUUGAAAAGAGAAAUCAAUAGUUCUGCUUAUCAUUUCAAAUAAAGAAUGUAGCAUGCAGGUAAUUGUCAGAGCAGAGUGCAUGUCAAAUUACACAAGUUUCAUUUCAUUAUGUAAAUGUGAGAAUGAAAGGGAGACUAGUAGUGCUACUGUUAUUAUUGUUCUUGGAUAUUUUGUAAACUGCUCCAUAUUUGUGAUGACUAUCUUGUGUGUCGGAAGAAAUGACCGAGUUCAUCUGUGAUACUUUUUGUUUCUUUAUGAUUUGUAUCUAUCAGUUUGUUUCACGUCUGAACUACUUAGGUGUAGAGAUAGAGAGCCUAGUUCUUUGCCUUCUAUGCAUAGCCAUUCAGCAGCCAGGAUUCAUGUAGGGUUCUAUUACAUGCUCCUCCAUUGAGACCUCUAGUCUGAGGUUGUGAUCAGUUUGACUUUCUAUUGAUUGUUCUGAGCCCAAACCAUUGUGUGUGUGCUACCAAACACUGCAAUGAAUGUCAAGAAUGUUUAAUUAUAUUGUCCUAAAUGCUUUGAUCCUCUUGGCAGACAUGUUGGCCUAUGCAGUACCUCUUAUAGUUGGUCAGGAAGGUGAUGGGGAUGUAACCAUUUUCAAUUGCUUACUGUUAGGGACAAGUUUUGUUGUUGCUUUUUUUUUUUUUUCUCGAAAAUGUUAAUAUUGUUUUGAAAAUGUCUGAUAACAUUUUACAUUUUUUGUAUAAAAUAAUUCUUUCAGCUGACUUCAGUCUACAUGAGAAGCUCGAGUAGUAAAAAAACAAUGUUGACACUAUGUUAAUGUAUUGUAUCUAGAGCUGCUCCAUGUAGGCCCAUUGUGGCUUUUUCUUUUGUUGAGUUUGAAAUACAUUGUUGUUUAAAGCAAUAUUCACUGUGAGUUCAAAGUUCUUGUUGUAUUUUCUUAAACUAUUUUCUAAUGUUGAUUGAAAACCAAAUACAUUCAUUAUUGUAGAGAA